GUGCGCGCCCUCCGCUGAUUGGUGACACCGCAGGGAAGCCGCGCUUUGAUUGGGCUGCUGUCAGGUGUCGCUGACGGCAGGUUCGGCUGCGCGAGCGCAGGGAGGCGGGAAUCAACAGUAGCCUUCAAUGAGGAACUGCCUUUUCCAUUUGCUGCUGGAGUUAAUGCUGUUUCCUGCUGGUGGAAUCGGGGACAUGCCAGCACUAGCGGGAUGAGUGGGUGCUCCGGCGGGGAUGUGGUCACUGCCGGCCAAUGAGGGCGAGAGUGCCACAGCCCACUUCUUCCUGGGAGCUGGAGAUGAGGGCCUGGGCACCCGUGGAAUAGGCAUGAGGACAGAAGAGAGUGACAGCGAGCUCCUUGAGGAUGAGGAGGAUGAAGUGCCUCCUGAACCUCAGAUCAUUGUUGGCAUCUGCGCCAUGACCAAGAAAUCCAAGUCCAAGCCAAUGACCCAAAUCCUAGAACGACUCUGCAGGUUUGACUACCUAACUGUUAUCAUACUGGGAGAGGAUGUGAUCCUCAAUGAACCUGUGGAAAACUGGCCAUCUUGCCACUGCCUCAUCUCUUUCCACUCCAAAGGAUUUCCUCUGGACAAAGCUGUUGCUUACUCCAAGCUUCGAAACCCCUUUCUUAUCAAUGACCUGGCUAUGCAGUAUUACAUCCAGGAUAGGAGGGAGGUUUACCGGAUCCUGCAGGAGGAAGGCAUUGAUCUGCCUCGGUAUGCUGUGCUCAACCGGGACCCUGCCCGGCCUGAGGAAUGCAACCUGAUAGAAGGUGAAGACCAGGUAGAGGUAAAUGGAGCUGUCUUCCCUAAGCCCUUUGUGGAGAAGCCAGUGAGUGCAGAGGACCAUAAUGUUUACAUCUACUACCCCAGUUCAGCUGGAGGAGGAAGUCAGCGCCUCUUCCGUAAGAUUGGCAGCCGAAGCAGCGUUUACUCUCCUGAGAGCAGUGUCCGAAAGACAGGAUCAUACAUCUAUGAGGAGUUUAUGCCAACAGAUGGCACAGAUGUCAAGGUAUAUACAGUGGGGCCUGAUUAUGCCCAUGCUGAAGCCAGAAAAUCUCCAGCUCUGGAUGGGAAGGUUGAGCGAGACAGUGAAGGGAAAGAGAUUCGAUAUCCAGUCAUGCUGACUGCCAUGGAAAAGCUGGUGGCCAGGAAAGUCUGCGUAGCUUUUAAGCAAACAGUUUGUGGUUUUGACCUUCUUCGUGCCAAUGGUCACUCCUUUGUGUGUGACGUCAAUGGCUUCAGUUUUGUCAAGAAUUCAAUGAAAUACUAUGAUGACUGUGCCAAGAUUCUGGGGAACACCAUCAUGCGGGAGCUUGCUCCACAGUUCCAGAUCCCAUGGUCCAUCCCCACAGAGGCUGAGGACAUUCCCAUUGUCCCUACCACAUCUGGCACUAUGAUGGAACUUCGUUGUGUCAUUGCAAUUAUCCGUCAUGGGGAUCGUACCCCCAAACAGAAAAUGAAGAUGGAGGUGACACAUCCAAGAUUUUUCAGUCUAUUUGAAAAACAUGGUGGCUACAAGACGGGUAAAUUAAAGCUGAAGCGGCCUGAGCAGCUACAGGAGGUGCUGGAUAUCACAAGGCUGUUACUGGCUGAACUGGAGAAAGAACCAGGUGGUGAGAUCGAGGAGAAGACUGGGAAACUAGAGCAGCUGAAGUCUGUCCUGGAGAUGUAUGGUCAUUUCUCUGGGAUCAACCGGAAGGUGCAGUUGACCUACUAUCCUCAUGGAGUAAAAGCUACUAAUGAGGGGCAAGACCCACAGCAGGAGGCCCUGGCCCCAUCUCUACUGCUGGUACUGAAGUGGGGGGGAGAACUGACUCCUGAUGGCCGUGUUCAGGCUGAGGAGCUGGGGCGAGCUUUUCGCUGCAUGUACCCUGGAGGACAGGGUGACUAUGCUGGCUUCCCCGGUUGUGGGCUACUUCGUCUCCAUAGCACUUUCCGCCAUGAUCUCAAGAUCUAUGCCUCUGAUGAGGGCCGUGUCCAGAUGACUGCUGCUGCCUUUGCCAAGGGCCUUCUGGCUCUAGAAGGAGAGCUAACACCCAUUUUGGUACAAAUGGUGAAGAGUGCCAACAUGAAUGGGCUCCUAGACAGCGAUGGUGAUUCCUUGAGCAGCUGCCAGCAUCGGGUGAAGGCUCGACUGCACCAUAUUUUGCAGCAGGAUGCACCUUUUGGUCCUGAGGACUACGAUCAGCUGGCUCCUACUGGAAGCACUUCCCUCCUCAACUCCAUGGCUGUCAUCCAGAAUCCUGUGAAGGUCUGUGAUCAGGUAUUUGCCCUGAUUGAAAACCUCACUCACCAGAUCCGGGAACGGAUGCAGGACCCCAAGUCUGUAGACCUGCAACUCUACCACAGCGAGACGCUAGAGCUCAUGCUACAGCGUUGGAGCAAACUGGAGCGUGACUUUCGACAGAAGAGUGGACGCUAUGAUAUCAGUAAGAUCCCUGACAUCUAUGACUGUGUGAAGUAUGAUGUGCAGCACAAUGGGAGUCUGGGACUUCAAGGCACAGCAGAGUUGCUCCGUCUCUCUAAGGCAUUGGCUGAUGUGGUCAUUCCCCAGGAAUACGGGAUCAGUCGGGAGGAGAAACUGGAAAUUGCUGUGGGCUUCUGUCUUCCACUGUUGCGGAAGAUACUACUUGACCUGCAGAGAACCCACGAGGAUGAGUCUGUCAACAAGCUGCAUCCCCUGUACUCCCGAGGGGUGCUCUCCCCAGGCCGCCAUGUUCGAACACGUCUCUAUUUCACCAGUGAAAGCCAUGUCCACUCCCUACUCAGUGUCUUCCGUUAUGGGGGUCUUCUUGAUGAGACCCAGGAUGCACAAUGGCAGAGAGCUUUGGCUUAUCUCAGUGCCAUCUCAGAGCUCAACUAUAUGACCCAGAUUGUCAUUAUGCUUUAUGAGGACAACACACGGGAUCCCUUAUCAGAGGAGCGGUUCCAUGUGGAGCUACACUUCAGCCCUGGAGUGAAAGGUGUUGAGGAAGAAGGCAGUGCCCCAACUGGCUGUGGAUUCCGUCCAGCUUCUUCUGAGAAUGAAGAGAUGAAAACAGACCAAGGCAGCAUGGAGAACCUGUGCCCAGGGAAGGCGUCGGAUGAACCAGACCGGGCAUUGCAGACUUCACCCCAGCCCCCUGAAGGCCCUGGGCUCCCAAGGAGAUCACCCCUCAUUCGUAACCGAAAAGCUGGCUCCAUGGAGGUCAUGAACAUGCAGUGCACGGGGAACCUGGACCUGAUCCCCUUGCGGGGACGGCGCCGCAGGAGGUCAGGAGACCUCCCCAGGCCUUCCCCAGUCAUCGGCCUACAGCCCCGGGCUGUGUCCACCACUCACCUGGCAUCCUGCACACAGGUGCUUUCUGAGACUUCAUCUUCGAGGCCUGGUGGCUAUCGGCUCUUUUCGUCUGCACGGCCACCAACAGAGAUGAAGCAGAGUGGCCUAGGCUCACAGUGUACAGGGCUGUUCAGCACCACAGUGCUGGGCGGCUCCUCCAGCGCCCCGAAUCUUCAGGACUACGCCCGCAGCCAUGGCAAAAAGCUACCACCUGCCAGUCUGAAGCACCGAGAUGAGCUCUUGUUUGUCCCGGCCGUAAAACGAUUUUCUGUGUCAUUUGCAAAGCAUCCGACUAACGAGCUGCUGGAUGACCAGCACCCUGUGGUCCGGUUGCUGCGCAGUUUUUCCUCUGACUGUCCAGGGGGCCGGCCAGUCUCCUUGGAUGCCACGCUGGCGCAUCACCUGCACCAGUGCUCCUACCACCUGCGCCUCUUCCGGAACUGGCUGCGCUCAGGCCAGGAUGACCCCGAGUGCCUCUACGGAUUUGAAGGGUGUUCCAUGGUGCCUACCAUCUACCCCCUGGAAACACUGCAUAAUGCCCUUUCCCUGCGUCAAGUGAGUGAAUUCCUAAGUAGAGUCUGCCAGCGCCAUACUGAUGCUCAAGCACAGGCAUCUUCUGCAGCCCUCUUUGACUCUAUGCACAGCAACCAAGCCUCAGAUAGCCUAUUUUCCCCACCCCGUACUCUUCAUUCACCCACCCUACAACUCCGGCAGCGCUCUGAGAAGCCCCCUUGGUAUAGCAGUGGCCCUUCCAGCACUGUGUCCAGUGCUGGUCCUUCCUCCCCCACUGCAGUGGAUGGUAACUGCCCUUUUGGCUUUAGUGAUCAACCUUCUGUAAGUUCACACAUGAUUGAAGAACAUCAAAGCCUUGGGAUGCUCCCUAGGAAUGGAGAACAAGAGUUCCCCAUUGAAGGGGUGCAAGAGCCUUUUGAACCAAGCCAGUCUUCACAGGAACCACCUGUGGAAACCAGCCAGCCAUGCCAGGAGGUUGCUGAGGUGAUCAGCCAGCCCUGCCAAGAGGUUCCUGACAUCAGCCAGUCAUGUCAGAACAUCCCUGAAGAGGUCAGCCAGCCAUGCCAGGAGGUUCCUGACAUCAGCCAGCCAUGCCAGAAGAGCCAUGACAAUGUUGACCAGAUAUGUCAGAAGGUUCCUCAGAUCCACCAGCCAUGCCAGAAGGCGAGCCACCUGUGCCAGAAAAUCUCUGAUGAAGCUUGCCAGCUUUGCCUGGAGAACCCUGAGGUCAGCCAUCCAUCCCAAGAGGUCCCUGUGGAAGUUGGCAGGCUGGCCCAUGGGUUCCCUCGAGAGGUUGGUGACCUAGUCCAGGAAAUCCAUAUGGAAGUUGGCAAGCCAACCCAAGAGACCCCUGAGGAGCUCAGCCAGCCAUGCCAAGAGUUCUUUGCAGAGGUUAGCAGGCUGACCCAAGAGGCUUCUGCAAUCAAUCUGUUGUCUCAGGACAUUCUUGAGGCUGAUAAACCAUCCCAAGAGUUCCCUGGAGAGGAUGAUCCGCAGGUCCAGGAAGUCCCUGAGAUUAAUCAGGAGUCCUGGGUGGCCUCUGAGGUGAUUGACCAGCUGCCUGGAGAGGGUAUUCCCCAAGCCCAGUAUCCAUCUAGUGAUCCAAACCCUCAGAGCCAGUCUUUAGCCCAUGACCAGUACUCAUCCCUCCCACCAGCAACAUGUGAUUAAUCAUGUUCUCAUUAGUGGUAUCACACUAUACCAGCUAUUUGAGCUAGCAACUUCUUCUGUUGGCUAACUCACCUGCCAGUGUAAGACCUUGGAUCUCACCAGAGGUGUCUGAGGAAGCAGCCCUCUUGGCAUGAAGCCAAGAACUGUGCCGGAGCUGGGCUUGUGAAGGAGCCAGUUUGAUGCUCAAAGCAGCCAUUGACUCCUCACUUGACCAUUAGACUGGAAUAGGAUUUCCAUCAAGGGGUGGGCUGAUCUAUCAUUACCCAACCUCCUCUGAGCAUCCCAGGAAAUUCCAGAUUGUUAAAGGAAAUGCCAUUUAACUGCUGAAGACACCAUCCAGGGACAGCAAGUGCAAAAGAGGGCUUCAAGGUCUCCACUUUUCUGGGGAAAUAUUCACAAUUUCACAAGGUACCCUUAGACCAUAUGUGCAUUCAGGAGGACUCUUGUGUUUGCUAGCACUCCUCAGGUGGGCCCAGCAUGUCUGUCUGAAAUGUCUGGGAAAAAAGAGAGUCCCCUUCCCAACAAACAUCCACUGUGGCCACUAAUCUUUAGAUUGGGCUUAUGGGUGUUUUGUUUAUCAUCCCAAAUUCCCCCUCUGCCUCAGACCUGUCCCAAUAGCUCCAGGGAGAAAUAGGUAUUAGAUUGCUGUGAAAAUUUAAGAAUAACUACUUAAAAUGCUCUGGGGGUUCUUGGCCAGUCUGUGAAGCUGGGCCUCCUUUUGUUGUGGGGCUACUUGGCUUAAAAGAUGAUGUAGUAGAGAAAAUCAGGUUCUAUUUUAAGCAAUCUGCAGAGAUCAAUAUUGUACAGACAUGAGCAAAGAUUAUAUAUAUUUCUGUAGUGGUGCCAGGGACAGACUGGCCAAAGACCAAACACUCCAGGGUCCCCAAGAGGUAUUUCCUUUUAUCAUUGUGUGUUUAGGGUCAGGUGUGAUUAUGAAGCUUUUCCCAAAGAUAUAGGGAUGGGAAUGGGUGUGGGUAGGAGGAGUAAUGCAGUCACUGGAGUGGGGUGGCCGGAACAUUAUGAGUGCUCAAUAAAUAUGAAAUAAUAAGAGUGGU